CGAAGACGAAGACAAAGAAGCAAAUGUGAAGACAGUGUCCGCAGUCUUGCCCUUUGCUCCUCAGCUAUCCCUAAUCUGAUUUGCUCUCCUUCUCCAUAUCGCUAUGCCGACAGAGCUUCCUGGAUUUUACUAUGACGAGGAGAAGAAACGCUAUUUUGCCCACAAAGGCCCAAUUCCUGGCUCUUCCAGAAAACCUCCCCCUCCAAACCCACCACCCAAGGCAGACAGCUCAUGCCAAAGCCUAAAAUUGAGGCAAAAGCUGAUUCAGUCCAGGGAGUUGUGGGGUAAUGUAAUUUUUUCCCGCAAAGAGAAGUUUAAUUUCCAAUCCUUCUAUCAAAAAUGCCAUGCAUCGCAACCAAUGAUAUGGAAAUACAGAGGAACUAAGAGGAUUGCAAAUGUUGCAUUGGGACAUGUGGUUGCUGAUGUUUCGUCUCAACACGGUCUCACGGAGAGAGAUAUAUUAGUGAGUGUUGGCGCAAAUGGCUUACUGUGCAUUUUUCCAGUUGGAAAGACUGAAGAGGAAGUAGAUCCAAUGGAAAACCAUAAGGUUGAUCUUGUAUGGCCUCUCAAUUCAGAUACACUACCAAGGCACAAAGAGCUAGUCAAAGAAUUGGGGAACUCGUAUGGAUCCACUACAUGUUUGGCAUCUGAAAUUUCUUCUCUUAUGUCGCUGAGAAAGAGUUGUCUGCCCGCUGACAAUAUGUCAAAAUUCUUUCUCAUCACAACACUGGGGUCGGAAAAUGCUUCUGGAUCCGUCUACCUACUAGACCUAAGUAAGCCACUACAUUUUGGCGCCAGUGUUCAAAUACAAGAAUUUCAUGAGCUUGCUUCAUUUAAACAGACCAUUUGGGCUGCUGACUGUGAUCCUGAAGGAAGCCGUGCUGCAAUUGGAACCAACAGAGGAGUUAUGUUGCUAAAUAUGGAAACUGGAGGAUCAUCACGGGUGUUUGAUUGUAAGAGUGAUGUAUUGUCUGUGCAGCUUGUACAAUCAGGGAGGGUCAUUAUAUGCGGAUUGAGAAAUAAAGCAAUUUUAACUGUUGACACUCGCCAAAAACAGAUUAAAAAGAGGAUAGACAAAUCUUUGACGACAUCAAUGUCAUCAUCUGUUUGUUGCUUGUCAUCACUUGAUCUCUGGGAUCAAUACUUCUUGGCUAGUUCCAUGGAUGGCUCGAUCAAGCUCUACGAUCAUCGUCUGAUGCAGAGAGGCCCGGUCCAAUCUUAUGAAGGCAAUGUAAAUACUCAUACAUCUAUAAAACUAGGAAUUGACCCAUCAGAGAAAGUCGUAAUGUCAGGUGGGGAGGACUGCUACACCCGUCUCUGGGAUAUCAAGACUGGUGAAAUGCUCUUGGAAGCGAAAUUUAUGAACUCGAUUCCAUCAGCAGUCUGCUGGCCAAGAAGAGGCGCCUUUUCGGCGGCCUGGCAAGAUCACAGAAAUUACUGGCAAGAUCAUAGUUUGGGUGCUUGGCUUGGAUCAUAUGAGGGAAUUUAUUACAUGGACUGGCUCUGAUUAUACCAUACAAAACUCAUUUCUUAAGACAAGACCUUAAGCCUGGCUUUGACUACCGUUAUAGAGUUAGAAGUAGGAAAAGAUGUAGUUAGAGAUACUAAUUUUGGUGUUGAGUCUGUAGCUGCUGACCCCUAAUCUCCUUGAGAUGUGAAACAAACAAAAACAUUAGUUGACUCUGGAAUGAAAUUUCAAUUUCAAUUUCAAUUCCAAUUCAUUCAUUUAUUA